CUCGUUCUUGAGCUAUCCUUCUUUAUGUUUACAAGUUAACAGUAAAGCAUGUGAUAAGCAUUGAUGAAAUUCAAUUAAAAUUCUCAUAUAUCAUUUGGAAAAUCUUAUCCCUACUAAUGGAAUAUGCGAAUGAUUCAUAUUUCUUCACUAAACUUGAAUUGGUUCUUAGAAAAUUGACAUCCCCUGAGUUCAAAAUUUCUGAUGAUACAAUCCUUCAAAAGUUGUUCGAUUCAGUGUCAUCUAUUUUUUUAGUGAAAGAAUGUCAAGAGAAAAUGCUUCAGAUAUUUGUUCCCUGGAUUAAUUCUGUCAUUUCUUUAUGGAAAGUUAUACAUAUUAAAUCACAGAACUUUGCUUUGAAAUUGAUAGGCUUGGUUUGCCAAAUUGAAAAUGGAUUUCAUUUACUAAAGACGAACAACUGCUUAACCAAAGUUUGUAAUAUUUACCGUUAUAAUAGAGAGACUGAUUUCUCCUUGACUCUUGCUUAUAUUGAAAUAAUAAGUUCAUCUAUUAAACAUCCUUCUGGCUUAUUAUGGUUUUACGAAACGGGUUGCUGGAAUGACAUCCUAAAAAUUUCUCUAAGCAAUAAGAGCUUGUUUGCUCUGAGAAGAUCACGCAGCCUAAUUGCAGAAAUAAUUUUUUCUCAGCUUGAAGGCAAUAUUUCUGCUUGUAAAAUUUAUUUGGAUAAAGUUUUUCACCUUUGUUGUGUCUUAACAGAUGGUGCUCACAAUCAUUGUUCUAGUGUUCUUAAAAAUUUACAAAAUAAAAAAGAAUUGAUUCCAGAUAACUUAUGGAGUUUAAAUCCAAUAAUGUUAUUGAGGGAAAUCUGUUUGUACUUACUUGACAAAAAUGUAUCAUUACACAUUUUGUCUGCGAUUGGAUUGGAUAAAAUAAAAGAUUGGACUCUGAAAAAUAUGAAAGAAAGAGGAAACCUCAUGAUGCUUUCAAACAUUUCAAAACUACUCUGUGUUAUUAAUAUUAUCUUCACACCUUGUGUAACCUCAUCGAAAAUUAAUUAUUCUGAUAUGCGUAAACUAAGUCAAAAAGUAAUCGAUCAUUGCAGUGUUUUUAUACGAAAAAAAGAAUUUGGACUUGUUCAAGAAGCAUGUGUUGAGUAUUUGAUGGUAUGGAAUCGUUUUGGCAAAGAACUUAUUUAUGAUAUCCAGGAAUCAACAAUCUAUUCUUUUGAAAGCACUCCAUUUAAAAUUUUGUCAGUACCAUUAUAUAUCUUCUUGCGUCUUGGCAGUAUUAUGGAAUCAGAUAUAAUGGAUGCUUUUGCUGUUAGAGUAUUUACUGGAUCUUGUGUAGAAACAAAGAGAGCAUGUUACCUGUACCGAGAACAUUUCAGAAUGCAUUCUGAUUCAGAAACUCAAAAACUUGCUGUUUCUGUCAUUCAUUGUUACAUAAGGAUCGCUGAUAUUAGUAAAAGGGAACAUGGAGUUUUAGUUUUCCAAACUCUUGUCCAUGUCAUGAAAAAAAUUAUACCCAAUGAUUAUGUGGAAUUUGAUUUUCCACCAUGUAAACAAGUAUCUCCUGGUAAUUUUACAGAAGAACAGUUUCCACAAUAUUUUUCACUCCUUUCAUCUAGUUUAGAAGCUUUAUAUGACUACAUUCCACGUUUUAAUAUAACAUGGCGUGAUUCUUUAGAAACUCUCUGUGUGUCACAGCUUGUGCAAGCAUUACUUAAUACAUCAAAUCUUCCUCCAAGGAUGUACAUUGAUGCCCUGAAAGUCACCAAAGUUGUAUUAGUUCGUUAUCUACCUAUGAAUCUUGCACUUGUAAUGGAUACCAUUAAUGAAUUUAGUGUUCAUAGAUUGGGCAGUCAAAUAUAUAAAUUACUGCAUAGUGUUUAUUGGGAAGUGAGAGAUUCUGCUCUUGAACUACUCCAGAUAAUCUGUACAUUAGCUGAACACAAAAUGCCUGCAUUUCAACCUCUUCUGCUUGAAAAUGAUUUACCAAAUAUACUUAUUUCUAUGGUGCAAAAUGAUUCUGAACCAUAUGUAAGAGCAUCUGCACUGUCUUGUCUUUGUUACAUGAUACAGUUAGAAUCAGUUUGGAAUUCAGCAUUAAAAGAAAAGUCUCUUUUGGACAUGAUGUAUGAUAUUCUGAUUCAGGAUCCAGAAGGUUUAGUACGCUAUAAGUCCAUCCUUCUUACAAAAAAUUUGUAUAAUCACCGUGAGUUGAGCCCAGAAAGUCUGAAUAAAAUGCUUGAUUUGCUUUGUCAUUUAACUGUCAAUGAUCUGCAUUGGGAAGUAAAGAAGGCUUGUAUUCUUUUCUGGGAUAGCAUAUUAGAAAAACUUCUAAUUGAGGAAGGAAUGGUUAAUGGAGAGUUUCCUGAUCACAUUUUUUCGCGGGAGAAGAAAAAAAUAAUUAAACUAACACCCAAGGAGAUGUCAUUAAGAAUUGUUAAGGUCUUUCAGAAACUGAAUGAAUAUGGCUGUUUACAUGUGUUGUGGGAAGUUAUACGAAAUGACUGUGAUAUAGAAGUUACCAAAGAAGCAGGAAAGUUGGUUAUAAAAAUGUUGAAAUUGAUAGAAAAAUUCAAUACUCAUCUAUACUUAAAUGAAACAGAAAGUGUAUCAUCAGAAUAUUCUGAUGUUUACGAAUUGAAAGUUAAAGACCAAAUUGAAAAUCACUCUCAAUAUGAAUGCAAGAAUUUACUUCAACCUACAAAUGAAGAAGUAAUCGAAAGUAUAAUAUCUCAAGGUGAUCUGAAUCUUCUUGCUGGUUUAUUAAAAGUUGAUAAUUUAAAACCUAUUACAACCGGUAUAAAGGUGAGAGUGAAGUUCGGAGUUCAGAAAUUUGUCACUGAAUUAUCAAAGUUUGAUGUGACUAAAAAUGAACAUGAAAAAGUUAAAUGGAUUACUAAAACCUCAGAUGGAAUUAAUUCACUUUUGGAUGAUUUACUGUUGUCUAAUCAAUCUCAGUAUUGUGUAAAUAAUAUUGUUGAUUGUUAUUAACUUAAUAUAUUGUUCAAAUUAUGUCCAUGUUGACAAUAUUUUUGUACUCAAAGUAGGAUAAUAUGAAACUUAAAAAAAAAGUUGAUCCUCUCUC